AUGACGGGAGCCAAUGGGGACGUCCAGCGCUGGUCGGGGCAGAACCAGAACCAGAACCAGAACCAGAACCGAAAGCAAAUCAUUCUGAUAUUUUUGACCCGGCGGAGCAGCAGCCCCAAGCAGGUGGCAUCACUGCUCAUCAGACUCCAGGUGGCUUCUUUUGGUCUCUCAGCAGAGCAGGAGGCAGAGCGGGGAUUCUUCUGGUUUGGCCGAAGCCAGACUCAGCAGGAGGCUUGGAGAACGGGGCUGAGGACCCAUAAGCCCCGCUGUCAGACGUCUCUGGACGGCUUCGUAUUUGCACUAAACAAGGAGGGAAGAUUCCUCUACAUCUCUGAGACCGUCUCCAUCUACCUGGGCCUGUCGCAGGUGGAGCUGACGGGCAGCAGCGUCUUUGACUACGUCCAUCCUGGAGACCACGUGGAGAUGGCCGAGCAGCUGGGCAUGAAGCUUCCUCCGGGCCGAGGGAUGAGUCUGUCACAGGGAGCCGUGAACGAAGACGGAGCUUCAUCGGCUUCAUCGUCGUCACACUCGGAGACGCCAGAACCAGUCUCCUGGAUUCAAUUACUCCAGACGUCCUCUCUCUUCUCUUCUCUUCCUCCACCUUCCUUCAUGUUUGGUCGUCUUUUAUCUGGUCAAACAGCGACAGAUGGACGGAGAGACGGAGGAAGAAUGAAAGGAAAGGAAGCAGAAGGACGGUGAGACAAAGGAGACGGA